CAUACCAAUGUUUGAUACUCUUUAAUUAAGAGCCACAUAUUGAAGUAUUGAGAAUAAAUAUGCCAGGAAAUCGAGGACGUGGUAGGGGAGCUGGAGGACGAGGUGGCCGGGGACGAGGCGGCCGGGGACGAGGUGGCCAAGGACAAGGCAGGGGAGCAGCGAACUCAGUCAAUCAAGAUGGAUUUAAAUGGAAAAUGGAAGAAUCGGACAAGGAAAAUGUUGAUAACACCGAUAUAAAUUUUGAAGAAAAUAUAAGGGAAUAUUUUACUGGAGCAAUCAGUAUUGAUCAGCAUUACGAAGCUCAAAAGAACUACAGGUCUUUAUAUUUGGCUGCACUAGAAAUUCUAGAGAAAUUUAACGUUCAGCUAAGUCAGAAUGCUAAGGUUCGUGCGUUAGCUGCAGCAUGGUUACGAGGAGACGAUGGAAUAACCGAAAAAUUCUUACUAUCCGAAAAUAGAUGUGGACUGGUAGAGGUUAUUAAAGCAAUUUCAAUUCUUGAUGCAAAUAGAGAAAUUAGGGCAAUCAAGAAGAAACUGAAGCGAUUAGAUAUGCAAAAGUCUAAGGUUAAGCCCAAAAAAAUGGGGAGGCUAAAGAGUAAAAUAGAGAAUCUAGAAGGAAUCAAAACAAGUAAAGGGUCAGCAACGAGCUCAGUAUGUAAUAAAGUUAAAAGAUGGGUACGCACCCUGUCGGCCGAAAAAUUGGAAUUUUAUGCCCUACACUUUCCCUCCCAGCCUUGGCGCCAGUUGGCUGAUAUUUGCCAUCUAAAUCCGAAUGAUUUCUCUUCUCUCCCCUGGUUUCUACCGUUUUGCUUUGGAAAGCCGGCGCCUGAUGAUACUUUGCCUUGGGUUUGCGCCAAUCUAUGUGCAGAAAAUGCAAACGAUCUACUCAAGGAGUUCGUCAUACCGUAUAGUCACAUAAGAAGGGUAAAGGACGUUAAUCUGACAAAUGCGUCGAAAGGUAGAAUAGCGAAGCAUGAAUCGCUUGACCAAGUUCUCUGGUACUAUGAAGAAUUGACAUGCCCAGAGGCCGAUGCCUUCAUCAAAACAAGAAUUGAAAAUGGAGAAGAAAUAAACCUAAAUAUUGGGAAACUCUUAGAUCGUUUAUUAGCAAUAAAAAUGAUUCGAGAGGAUGUAUCAAUGACCAACUGUGAGUACGAAUGGUGUGAAGAAACAGAGACUCUUUCUAAAAGAAAGCGUGUACCCAAUAAAAAUAAAGCUACCUUUUUUCCCUUACUUUCAUCUAUAGUCCAAGAAAAAAUGAAUGGAAUCUCUCUGCCUUUGCAAUCUCCCAUUCUUGUUGCAGGAGACAAAUCAGGUUCAAUGGAUAUUGCAAUUCGUACUAGCACUAUCAUUGCUUCUAUUUUGGCUGCUAUGUCUUCUGCUAAGUUUGUUCUUUUCGAUAACAAAGCUCACGAAGUUGAAAAUGUUCCAACAGAUAUCAAAUCAGCAUUAGAUCUUGCAAUUUCUGUUGAGGCAGAUUUUUCUACCAGCCCUGCAGCUGCCCUUUACCCAUUUUAUCAAAGAAACGAGAUUGUGAAAACUAUAAUUCUAAUUACUGAUGAAGACGAAAAUACUAAAUUCAAGGGAUUCAAUUUUAUAGAUCUAUAUAAGAAGUAUGCAAAGAAAGUAUUUCCCGCUAGAUUGGUUUUUGUUUCAUUUUUACCUCAGCAUGCAGAAGGAAAAAUGGUUUCUGCUCUAAAAAAAGAAAAAAUCAGUGUUCUUCAGUUUGUGUUUAAUGAUACAAGACCAGAUUUAUCUAAAUUAGAUAACCUUUUCGGCUUGUUAUCUUUAGAAGGAGCAAAUUUUGAAGAUAUGCUUAAAAAAAGACAAGAAGAACUCAGCAAAGACAUUUAA